GGGAAUGUCAGACUGACAGCUCGGCGCCCUAGCCCCCUCAUUGGCCCGACUGCAGUUGGCGGCGCGGUAGAGUCGGGCCGCCUGGCUCCCGUGAAAACCCCACUUUGUUUGCGGGGUGUUUUUUUUCUCCUUUUUUAAAGAUCAAUAAUUAUUUUAUCGGGGUGAGGACGUUGGUGUUGGAGGCCACCGACUCUUCGGUUCUUGCGCUGGAGGAGCGCGAAGCGGCAACUGGGGACUGCAGCCCGCUGCAGUUGUGCCGGUAUUAAGAGCUGGGGGAAUGAAUAACCAGAAUGGAUACCCAGUCACACAGCGCUCCUGGAGUUGAAAAGAAAAAAGUAGAGAAUUCCAUUGUAAAGGGAUCUCCUCGCACAGAUGUCAGUGAGAAAGCCAUAGCCUCCAGUACCACUUCCAAUGAUGAGGAAAGUCCUGGCAUGUACCACAGAGAACGGAGAAACGCAAUGGCAAUGCAGCCUCACACCGGCGGGCAGAGUCUCAACAAAAUCAGUGAAGAGCCUUCAACCUCCAGUGAAGACAGGGCUUCUCUAAUAAAGAAGGAAAUUCAUGGCUCUUUGUCACACAUACCCGAGCCCUCCAUCCCAUACCGCGGGGCGCUGUUUACAAUGGAUCCAAGAAACGGCUAUAUGGACCCACACUACCCUCCACACCCGCUUUUCCCGAACUUCCACCCACCUGUUCCAAUUGACGCCAGGCAUCACGAGGGCCGCUAUCACUAUGACCCGUCUCCUCUCGGCCCACUGCACAUGCCUCCCUCCCUCUCAGGUAGCCCAGCGUUUUCUGACAUCUCGCUCAUCAGAAUUUCUCCGCACAGAACGCCUGUUGGCACCUCAGAGCCCGUGUUUAACCCACCACAUCCGUACAUUAACCCCUACGUGGACUACAUUAGGUCUCUGCAUAGCAGCCCCUCUCUGUCAAUGAUCUCUGCGGCCAGGGCACUGAGCCCAACUGACGUGCCACAUGCUGGAGUCAACCCGGCUGAAUAUUACCACCAGAUGGCUCUGCUGGCGGGUCACCGUAGCCCAUACGGGGACAUCCUUCCUCCCGCUGGUGCCGCUGGUGCUCUGCACAUGGAAUACCUCCACGCCAUGGAGGGCUCCCGCUUCCCCAGUCCAAGGCUGUCAGCCAGGCCGAGCCGAAAGCGCACCCUGUCUAUAUCCCCGUUGUCCGAUCCCAGCUUCGACCUUCAGACGAUGAUACGGACUUCGCCCAGUUCCUUGGUCACCAUCCUCAAUAACUCCCGCAGCAGUUCCUCUACCAGCGGCUCCUACGGUCACUUGUCUGCUGGUGCAAUAAGUCCUGCCCUCAGCUUUCCCUACCCUGCCACUCCAGUAGCCAUUCAGCAAAUGCAUCACCAGAUAAUGAGCCGCCAGCAAAGUCUGGGUUCCGCCUUUGGCCACAGUCCUCCUCUCAUCCACCCUGCUCCGACGUUCACUCCGCAACGCCACGUGCCAGGCCUGCCCACCGUGCUGGCCCCCGGACAGAUCUCCUCCGGUCCAUCUGAACCUGCUCAGAGCAAGCCAACCAGCGAGUCGGCGGUGAGCAGCACUGGUGACCCCAUGCAAAACAAGCGCUCGCGGAUUAAAGCUGACGAGGAGCUGCCGAGCCCAGGCGGAGGGAGUGAGCAGGAGCAGCCGGAAGGAAUGACGCUGGUCAAAGAGGAAGUGGAUAAAGACGAAAGCAAGCAAGAGCCGGAAGUCAUUUAUGAAACUAACUGCCAUUGGGAAGGAUGUACACGGGAAUUUGACACACAGGAGCAGUUAGUCCACCACAUCAAUAAUGACCACAUCCACGGCGAGAAGAAGGAGUUUGUGUGUCGCUGGCAGGACUGCUCUCGGGAACAGAAGCCAUUCAAAGCCCAGUACAUGCUUGUGGUCCAUAUGAGGCGACAUACUGGGGAGAAGCCACACAAGUGCACUUUUGAGGGCUGUGCAAAGGCCUACUCCAGACUAGAAAACUUGAAAACGCACCUGCGGUCUCACACGGGAGAAAAGCCGUACGUCUGUGAGCAUGAGGGCUGCAAUAAAGCAUUCUCCAACGCAUCAGACCGGGCAAAGCAUCAGAACAGAACUCACUCCAAUGAGAAACCUUACGUUUGCAAGAUUCCCGGCUGCACAAAGCGUUACACCGACCCUAGUUCCCUCCGAAAACAUGUCAAAACAGUUCAUGGACCCGAGGCUCACAUCACGAAAAAACAGCGCGGAGAUAUCCACCCGAGGCCCCCGGCACCCCGGGACCCAGCCAACAACUCGCAGUCCAAGUCGCCCGGACAGCAGCAGGCCGAAUUGAACAACGCUACCUCAAAGCGGGAAGAAUGUCUACAGGUUAAGGCCAUCAAGAAAGAGAAACCAAUGACAUCUCAGCCAAGCCCUGGUGGUCAGUCUUCGUGCAGCAGUGAACCGUCCCCCUUCAGCGCCCACUCCAACAGUGGGAUCGAGCUUAAUCUGAAUAGCGGAGGCAGUGUGGGAGAUCUCAGUGCCACUGAUGAGGCACCAAUCAUGGACUCUACAGUAUCCACAGCAACCACAGCAUUGGGCCUGCAGGCCCGAAGGAAUUUGACAGGGACCAGGUGGAUGGAGCAGCUAAAGAUGGAGAGGUUGAAACAAGUCAAUGGAUUCCUUCCCAGAGUCAACGCUGUGCCAGCUACCAAAAACAUCACAUUGCCUCCCCUUCCAGGAAAUGGCUCUCAGCUGGACAGCUCAAUUGAUGGGGGAUCCAUGACUAUCCUGCCAAGUAGAAAUGAACUGCUGAAUGCAGACGUCGUGACGCUCAGUAAGGCGACGGAGAGGCGAGACAGCACCACCAGCACCAUUAGCUCAGCUUACCUGAGCAGCCGCAGGUCGUCCGGAAUUUCACCGUACCUCUCGAGCAGGAGGUCCAGCGAGGUGUCCCAGGCCGAAGGCCGGCCGAGCAACCCAAGCGUCACGGAUUCGUACGACCCCAUCUCGACGGAUGCAUCCAGGCGGUCGAGCGAGGCCAGCCAGUGCGGCGGCUUGCCCGGGCUACUGAGCCUGACUCCAGUGCAGCACUACCGCCUGAAGGCCAAGUACGCCGCCGCCACGGGCGGCCCCCCACCCACCCCACUGCCGAACAUGGAGCGCAUGAGCCUGAAGGCGCGGAUGGCCCUGCUGGGCGACUGCCGGGACACGGAGAUAUUCCCCCUGCCUCAGAUAAACGCUGCCCGGAGGUGCAGCGACGGGGCAUCUAAUGGAUUCAGCAGGAGGCCCCUGCUGCCCAACGACGUGCCAGGCAAUGGAAUACGAAGAGCCAGCGACCCUGUGCGAGGUGUGGCUGAGCCGUUCCCGGCACCCCCCGUGCCCCGCCACAACAGUCUCAAUAACGUUAACCCUGCCCCAGCUCUGCCAACAACGGAACGGCGUAACUUCAGCCUUCAGAACUACACUCGCUCGGAUGGGAGCCUCCACCGCACCGCCUACUCCCCUUGCCCACCUAGCAUCAGCGAGAAUGUUCUUCAGGAGGCCUACAGCCACCUGGAUGAGGACUUCCUGCCGGACGAUGUGGUUCAGUACAUCAGCUCGCAAAGUAAGGUGGGCAGCCACCUCCGGAAUGAAAUGAACGUGUCGAGCCUGGACGUCUUUGAGCACCUGCCGAAUGUGCCGUCUGGCGAAAGGCAGCAGGACCGCAUGGCCGGCGUGCCCUCCUUCGACCAGGUUCAGGCCACCGCCCAGCAGUUCCACAGCCCGCAGGUGAACCCGGAGCCCAGUAAGGACGAUCUGCCCAUUCAGUGGAACGAAGUCAGCUCAGGGAGUGUUGACGUGCCGCCUCAGAAACAGAAGAACAGAUAUCGGCCCGCGGGAAGCCUGCCGCAGAGUCGGGCGCCUGGAGUCUUUGCCAGCACGACCAGUCCUCCACAGAGCCUCCCGGCAGCUCAGCAGAAUGCGUUCGCGUCCCCGCCAAGCAGCUUCCAACAGUGUAUGGAGAUGGUUCCGUGGGGAACCCCACGGAACAUGAAGAUCGUGAGCCCCCAGAUGGGCAAGGGUCACCAACACGGCCAAAACCUGAACCGGCAGAUGUUGCUCGCUGCAUCUGGGGAGUUCCCUUACGCUGCCAGCCUGCCGAACCCUGAGAUGGAGUCGGACAGCUUGCAGAUGGGUCACGGUCAAGAGGCGCCCACGUACUCCUCACUGGCCCCGCGGCAUCAGACCGCAAAGGUGGCCUGCGGAGCUCAAAGCAGAAAUGCGACGGUGCAGAAUUUCACCCAGUGUCAGCAGGUGGUCUGCCAGCCAGUAACGGAAGCGUUGCGUUUCCGCGGCAUGAAUGGCUCUGCUCAGGCAAGCGUCGGUGAUCCGGGCAGCAGAGUAUUUGGCAGCCAGCCACCUCAAUCAGCUGUAUUCCUGGGGCCGCACAGUUCCCGAAAUCCGGGGAAUCAGCAGUUUGGGUCAAAUGCAGCGAGGGGUCACCAAAUGUUUACAACUUGCAAUGCCAGCAAGCAGCCAAGCCUGCCCACAAAUCGAGUGCCCCCCCAUCCCGGCGACAUUAACCAGCUGUACAGGAUGGCCAGCGUUAAGACCGAGAUGCAGGAGCUGCCGCAGCUGCUGAACAACCCCUGCUCCCACUUGCAGCACUACAGCCGGCAAGGUUACGACCAGAACUCUCCCUUCAAACCGCAGAGUGUCGCGUUCACAGCUCAGGAGGCGAACUGCCCGCUGCAGCAGGCCAGCCAUGCCAAGUCUUCAGAGCUGCUCUCUCCGGGUUCCAAUCAAGUAACGAGCACCAUGGACGUCAGCCACCUAGACACUGUACAGAUCGACUUUGACGCAAUCCUAGACGACGAAGACCAUGGGAGCUUAAUUUCAGGAGCACUGAGUCCAAGCAUUCUGCAGAAUCUCUCCCAGACUUCUUCCCGCCUCAAUACCCCACGCACAUCUCUCACAUUCCAUAGCAUGCCCGUCAACACCACAAACAUGGCCAUCGGUGACAUGAGCUCCUUGCUGACGUCACUUGCAGAAGAAAGCAAAUUCUUAACGGUUAUGCCGUAACCAUCCAGAUAAUGGGCAGGGUGUUUUCUCUUCUUUAGCCACCUAUGUACGUUGUAACUAUUCCAUCCCAACCGAGGGAUGGGUUCCAUUGAACUCCUGAUACGGGAUCAAAGGUGUACGAAUUCAGGUGUCCCCGUACACCAUGCUUGGGAGAAUGUGUCUUCUGCUGACAUUUUUAAAAAAUUGAACAGCAUCAGUAUUUUAAGUUAGAAUUUGUUUAUCGCUCUGUUUACUGAAUGAAGAGCUAAGGUAAAUGUUUAAUAUGCAUGCUUAGAACAUUAAAUGAGGCCAAACAUAAGCACUGUUUCUUGUAAUUGUUGUAAUGACCACAACUUUAGUGUAUUUUGUCCAAUGUCAACAUUUUCACAGGAAGACAUUUCACUUUAGGGUAUUUUUUUUUUAAAUGAGUGAAUGCCUUUGUGAAACUAUUGACAAAUAUCCAGUCCUGAAGAAGGCCUCGGCCCGAAACUGUUUGUUCAUUCCCACGGAUGCUGCCUGACCUGCUGAGUUCCUCCAGCAUUCUGUGUCUGUGUGUGUGUGUGCGUUGCUAUUGACAAAUAGGAUUGGCUUCUCAGUCGAAGGCAAGAGAAGUCUUUGACUCAGGUAGGUCUUAAGGUUGAUAUAUCCUGUUUUGUUGACCUACGGGAAGUGUUAGAGGAGAUGCAAAGGCUUUGCGGCCAGAAUGCUUGAGUAUUUUUACUGACUGUUGAAUGGAACAUUUUUAUUGUUUUUGGUCUUUUUUUGUUAUGUUGUUUUUUGUCAGGAAAGCCAUAUGGAGACCAGUACUAGUUUUAGAACAUUUAUUUUAGAGUUUGUUUGGCUCUUUAGCACUGUAUGCAUUCUAAAGUAGACGUGAUCAUUUCUAGGAUAGCAUAGUAGAACAUAUUGGUUGUGCUUUACAAAAAAGCGGCAUGUUAUUUGCUGAAUGUUUAUAAGGUAUGUGCCUUAUUUUUGUGUCAGUUUUACAUAUCGGGACCAACAAUACUGCCAAAAUUUUGACUUGAUAGUUGUGCUUGAUGUUAAGCGGUUAGCACUCCAUCAUUUAAUAUUUCCUGUUUGAGAUCUCACAGGCAGUUUAGGAAUUGUGCAUUAAAGCUUAUUGUUUAACUGAUUUAAAUAUCUUCACCAUUGUAGUUCAUCUUGUAAAAUACACACUGUACUUUCAAUACUUUUCAGUAUUUUUUUAGAUUUUUUUUGGUGAAAGCAUUAACAAAAUGUAAUCCCGUUAAUGUAAAUACCUUCACGUAGAAAUAGAAAGGCCGUUCUGAACUUCACUGGUGUUGGCUCUCUGAGCACCACCAAGAAGUUGUGGACAUGCCUUUCACUCAAACCCAAUCCUGUAGCCGUGUACGUAAACAUCUUUCGCUUUGGAAACUACUUAGCUGUUGUGCAAAAAAAGGAACAAAAAAGUUUGUACAAUUUUAAUAAACCUCUCAUUCUUAUUUUUUUUGCCAAGUUGUCUUUUGUAAGCAGAAACCUUUAGUUUUGAUUUCCACUUUGAAAACACAGGAACAUGAGGUUUCUACAGCGAAGAAUAAGUUUGCAUAUUGAUAACUUAAAGAUUGGCUGGUUAGGAGUAAAUGAUUAGAUUGGUUUUUGUCAUCAGAAGAAAUUUUCUUGUUAUAAACAGAGAACAUAGAACGUUACAGCACAGUACAGGCCAUCGGCCCCUAACUUGCCAACCUUUGAACCUACUCCAGGAUCAAGGAUCAACUUUAUUUGCCAUAUACAUUUUU